UGAUAACAGAUCUUACGUUUAGAGGUCAUUUACAUCAAAAAUGGCACUUUCCAAACCAAAAAUUCCAGACACUCCUCAACACUUUCUAGAGUGUGGUUUUGAAGACUGUGAGAAAAAUUGCGAAUUCUACUGCAAUUCCUGCCAUCAUCAGAUGUGUAAACCAUGCAGAGACCAACAUCUAAAGAUUCCAGAAAACAAAAACCAUGAGGUGGUCCUUUACCAGCAACGCAAAAGGCAACUUCCUGUGGAGAAAUGCAAGAUCCACCCCACUAAAGAAAUAGACAUUCUCUGCAAAGACUGCAAUAUUCCUUUAUGUUCAAAGUGUUCAACAAUGCAAGAGCACCAUGGACAUAUAUUUACCGAUUUAGAAACUAUUUACACAGAGAAAUUUACUCUUUGCCAAAAGGAAAUCUCUAAAAUCCAUAAUUACUUUGUUCCUACAACACAGGAUUUACAGAAAGAAGUUUGGGAAGAUGCCACAGAAGUUAAACAGAUCAUGGACAGCAUACGGACAUCCAUGAAGGCUGAAGCCGAGUCUCUGAAAAACAUGGUGGACACAGUGCUCUCAGAAAAUAUGGAAGAAUUAAACCGAAUAGAGAAGUCAUUACUGGAGAAAUUACAGAGCCAAGAGAAGACAUUUGAUGAUUAUAUUGCCUAUCUCAGUGACCUCGUUAAAGAGUUCCAGAGUUACCUGUCCUCUACUGAGCUCACUAACUUCACAACUCAACUUCCAAACAACUUAAAAAUACAAUCCAUACCAGAAACCACAAAAUGUGUCACACCAGAAUUUUCUUUUGCUCAAUACAGGAAAAAUGAUGUUGCUAAAUUAUUGGGGAAAUUAAUAAAAUCUGAUAGAAAGGCAGAACUAAGAAGAGUAAAGCCAAUGGAAAUUGCUUCUUUCUCUACAUCAAUGAAAUCUACAAAUGAACAGUCAAAACAAAAUAAACAUGUGAAAUCUGACAAGAAACAAACAUUGUCUCUAUCUGCCUCUGUCACCAAAGUCAGGGAGUUCAAUGUACCAGGUGUUAGGAAUGUAUUUCAUGUAUCACUAGAUCAAUCAGACAGACUCUGGAUCAGUGACAAUGAUGGUAAUUUUGUCCAAAUAGAUCUACAGGGGAAUGUGAUACAGAGGAUAAAAACCAGUGGUGGACGUGAAGGUUACCACACAGUCACACAGGACGGGGAUCUGAUCUUUACAGACAAAGACAAGAAAGUUGUCAAUAGGAUAACACAGGAUAAUAAUAUCACUGAAUUCAUUAAAACUGGAGACUGGACACCAUACAGCACACACUCCUCCCACAUCAAUGGGGACUUACUGGUGGGGAUGAUAAAGAUUGGAGAGGCCAAAGUCACCAGGUACAACAAGACAGGAAAAGAACUACAGAACAUACAGAGGGAUAACAAAGGACAGGAACUGUAUAUGUUACCCCAUUACAUAACAGAAAACAUCAAUGGAGAUAUCUGUACAUCAGACUUUAAUAAAGGUGAUGUAGUGGUGGUGAAAUCAGGAAAACACAGAUUUUCCUACAAAGGUCAAAAGUCAGGGUUCCGUCCCUGGGGAAUCUGUACUGAUGUCCUCGGUCACAUCCUGGUGUGUGAUAGUUACAAUGAAUCUGUUCACCUCCUUGAUCAGGACGGUCAGUUCUUGUCUCUAUUACUCACACCACAACAAGGGGUAAUGCAUCCGCGUAGUGUUUGUGUUGAUGAUGAGAACAAUCUCUGUGUAGGACAACAAUUCACCAACACACUGUCAGUGUACAAGUAUCUAAAGUGAUUCUUAUUCUGGCAUUUUAAAAUAGGCACUCCACCGAAAAACCACGCAAUGGGUGGCAUACCGCAUGUCAUGAAUUUUAAUGAUUUUUUGCAUGUAGCCUUAUUAAAACAGUAUUUACACAUGACAACAUCAAACAAUUUUUUAGUGCUCCUUUAGUCCUAUUUUUGGCAAAUGCUUGAUUUCAAUGCAACAUGAGGGUAAAAAAAUUACUUAUGUGGUCCAAAAUUGAGUUUAGCAAGUGACUUUUUGAAUUUAGUAUCCACCUUUCAUUAUUACGUUAUAAAAUCUAAUACAUUGGAAUGACAGAAAUUUUCCCCCCAUAUUAUUAUACAAAACAAUACAAACAUUUGAGCUACUCAAUAAAAUCAGUGGGAAAAUGUAUAUUGAGAGAAAUAAAAGGAACUAAAUUUACCUAUUAUUUGUAAUUUUCCCCUAUUUAAACCAAUCCCAACUGGAAUUAUAUAAAGAGGAAAAUACUAAUAAUUGUAUUGUUAAAUUUGGCUUUUUUUGUUGUAACAUGGUUAAAAAAAAACUUGAUUUAUCUUUAACAUGUCUUAUAGCUAGGGGGCAGUUGUCUUUUAUUUGAUAACGUCAUAAAUUUUGCAUUAUUUUCCAUCAGGAUCAGAUUUAUUUCAAUCGGCAUUGGUUUUUACUAAAAAAUUAGAAAUAUUUCCUUAAUUUAGCCCUGCAUUUUCACUAAUCAGAAAAGUAUGUCUGUCUUUUAUUUUUUUCAGACAUUCAGCUGUUUCUAAAUGAUUUUAUCCAUGGAUUCAAAUAUAUAUUCAAAUUACUAAUGUCAUUUACGUACAUGAAGAUCAAUUAAAUUACUAUACAUGUACAGUUUGAUUUCUUCACUUGAUAUUCGGGAUUUUCUUUUUUAAGUAUUUGUAUAUGCAACAACUGAGAGCAGACAGUUUAGCUUCAUUAAA